ACGCCAGCAGCGGCACCGCAUGCGACCACCACGGAAGCGCCGCCGCCGUGCAACUGCCGGCCGCCGCUGCCGCUGCCGCCAGCGGCGGCGGCAGCGGCCUUAGCUGCUGCCCCCACUGCCAUUGGGGCUGGGUGUGUGACGAGCAUCGUACUGCCUACCUGACGGGGCCUCACGCCGCGGUAUGUAUGUCGUACCAGCACAUGAACGAGAGUCAGCUGCUGACACACCGGUACCUAACCGCCACGGGCCGGCUGCCCAACUACGUGCCUGACAAGCCGCCGCCGCGACCCACGGGUCAUUCGAGCGGCGGUGUUUGGGAGCCCGUGCCGGCAGGCUGGGCGGCGUUUCGGGCGUGGCGGCCGCUACCAGCUUUUGACGGCGCAAUGAUGUGUCUGCUGAGCAAGCGAAUGUCGCAGGCGUUGACGGUAAUCCAGUUGCGCACGUGCAGCUUUGGUCGGCGUGGCCGACCAUCCUACGCAGUGCGCACGCAAGCCGAGGUGCAGCGACUCUGCCACUUUGCCAACGUAUCAGUGUCCGAGACCGGUACCGCCGACACAUCAUCCAUGCUCGUCGAUUCACAACCAGCCCGCGAUAGCGUAGGGAAUGUAGAGCCAUCCCGCGGCACAGGUGUGCAGGGUGCCGCAGAAGUCCGUGUGGCGAAUACACACGAUGGCUGCGUGCGUGGCGACGUCAGCGAUACCGGUACGACCAACAUGUCAUCCAUGCGUAUCGAUGAACAGCCAACCGUCGUUCGCGUUGGGAAUGCCGAACCAUCCAGCAGCACCGGCCAUCUCCGGGUGCCCCUAUAUGCUCGCAGCGACAUUAGCAACUGUGCUGUCGUGCCGCUCGAUGCCCACGCAACGUGUUUGGACUGCGUGCGACAUGGCCUCAUUGCCGCGGGCGCCACUGAUGUGCCUGCGCCUGACAUUCUGCUGGCGACCGUGGUGGCCGCCAUUGCCGAGUCUUGGGAGUCGAUGCGCUUUCAAGUGCUACACGCCCAUGCCAGCAGCCUCCCCAGCACUUGCACGGCGACGCAAUAUGGUGAAGCCCUACAGCAGCACCGGCUGCUGCCAGGCGAUGUGGAGCUGGCGGUCUUUGCCCAUGCUUUCAACAUUGCGAUCACAGUGUUUGACUCGGCUGGGCUGCAGAUCUGCUACUGGGGCUCCAGCUCAGCGCCAACAGAAGUGUGCCUCAUCCGGCAGGCGGGCCUCGCUGGCGCCCCCUUGCCUUACCGCCUGCUGGACAUGGUGCCGGGUUUGUGGACAGGGCAACGCCGCCAGCAUCUUGUCGCGGCUUGUCGCGCGGUUGGCCUCUGCAUGUCAGAAACACCGUCAGCCGAGCGGGCUGAUGCUGAGCAACACAUUCCUGGGUACUUGGGAGCAUCCUGGCGCAGUGGCCCCGGCCACAGACUUGGCAUCUCUGACCGGCUCGCGGCUUGGAGCGCUGUCACAAGCAUGCUGCUGGCCGGUGCACUUGUGGUGUGCGCCAUGUGUGGUGUCACCAGCACCGACCUGCACAAGGACCUUCAGCGCUGGGCCACUGCGGAGCCUGUCGGUGCUGCCAUUGCGCCAUACUCAUUUCACAACAGCUUGCAUGCCGGCAGCACAACAACACCCGAAGGCCUGUGGCACCUGUGUCCGCACUGUGCUCCAUUGUAUCCAGCGAACAGUGGCAAUGAGCGAGCAGAGUAUCUGGUCUUCCAUCCACCAGACUAUACCAAGGCUAUCGUGUCCUUGGAUGCCAUUGACCAACUGCGGAUAGGCCUAGUGGAUGUUGGACUUGGCUUCUUUUCAGCGGCCUUUGGAUUUGUUGCCGGCAAGCUUCGGCAGCAGCAUUGCAUGGAAGCGCUGGUCCUGGAUUGGGCACGCGACUCCACACGCCGUGUCAACACGCUGCCCCCGGCACUGCAGGAGGUGCUGGGAUGGAGCGUGCAGCACAACCCGCUUGUCAGGGAGUUCCUCACCGUUGCUGAACAAGUCCCGCCCAAUCACCCAUUGCCAUACCUUUGUCCAGCUGAUGUGCAAUCCUUUGUCGCCAGUGACCAAGCCUGCAAACCACUUGCGCUGGCCACCCUAGAAGCAGCAGAGGCAGCUCGCUCGCUCAUAUCGGUGGUUGUGCCUGCCAUCCAGCGUGCAGCCAUGAAGCAUGCACCCGUGAUGUACACCGCGGGAACAUUGGUUCCGCGGUCGCCCACUCGGCCCGAGCUCAACCUGGCUGUUGCUGCGGACGGGACCCCACUGGACUAUCAGUUUGGCCUGUCUGCGGAGAUGGCCAUGUUCCCCUAUCUGUUUCCCUUUGGUGUGGGCGCAUUUAUGGGCGGCACGACCUUGGUCAAGUACUUGGCAUACCGUGCCAAGUGCCUCUUCAGUGUGUGGACAUUGUGCAAGCCGUACUUGCUGCUCAUGUAUGUUCUUCGCCAGAGCGCCCGGCUGCAAGAGCAGAAUACAGAGGCUGUGCUGGAAAGCGCGCUCCUCGACUACAAGUCUCAGAACCCUAACGCGAGCGAUGAGGAUGCCAUCCAUCACAUUCUCAAGCACAAGCUGCCGGCAACGUUGCCCAACACGCCUGCAUGGCACCGCAGCAACCUCCAAGAUUUGUUGUGCAUGGUGGACCGCUUUGGCAUGCCGUCGUUCUUCCUCACGCUUACAACCGAUGAAGUGUCUGCCACACGCUGGCCCGAACAUGGCAAGUUCAACGUGCUCCUGGCCGAGGCCCGAAAGUACAGGGACGAGUUCCUGGAGCAGCACCACGUCAAGCCCGCCAGCACGUACUUGUACAACAUCACGGCGGCAAUACACGAAGGCGACAUGCCGGACCGUGCGACCGCGACGCAUGCGGAGGUCAUGCAGCUAUGGAUCGCGGCUGCCGGCAGCCUGCGAGCUGAUACCGCAAUAGAGCUUAUUUAUGACUACGGCAUGGACGCGGGCACCGUCCUCAAGACGGACCAGGACUUCGCGCGCUCGGUGCUGACGGCCGCGCAGCAGGCGCGAGCGUCGGGCGCCCUCCUGACCACAACCACGCCAGCCAAGCGAGCCGCAAGCAGCCCCGCCGAGCCAGAUUCCAGUGCCUCCCCCCGCACAGUGUAUGUCGGCCAGUCCCGGGACCCUCAACGUCGCUUCCAGGCUCAUGCCCGCAACCCACCCAGCCGGAUGAAGGAGGACGCCAGCCGCUACCAACCCUUCCAUGACCACUUCUCGCUCACGCGCCUCAUGUCCACCGCCAAUCCUGCACUGGCCCAACGGAUGGAGGCCUUCUACAUCGCGCAGUUCAAGGCUCGGGGGCCAGGCGGCUACAAUGUGCUGUGCGGGCCGCCUUCCGCCAGCCCGGCCUUCUACGCGAUGAGGCGGCAACGCGCGGGCAGCGCCCACACGCCCACCGCCGUCACAGCCCAAGACAAUGAUGAUGACGCCCCAGACACGCUCGCCUAG